CAGAUUUGGUCGGGGCGCCGCCCCCGAGCGUGCGCCGUCCGCCCCGCCACCAAUCGGAGCGUUGCGUUCCUGCCCUCGCGCACGCGCCGUCAGGGAGGUGCCGCCCGGGCGGAGCUCCGCCCCUGUCGACCUCUGGCCUCCCCUUAGCGCGAUGUCAAUCCCACCUCCCAGCAGGACCAAUGGUGGAGCGCAGAGGCCUCGGAACGGCCUGUGGUUGGUCGGUUUUAAAGGGGUGGCUGUCCAAUGAGUGGGCGGCGAGCGCACGCGCCGAGACCAGUUGGCGCCCGCGCAGGUGUAGUACGUGCGGCUGCGCCGGCCACUCGAAGGGCUUUGGAGCGAGUGUGGCCGUCAGUCUCUGUCCCCUGUCGCGCUGGUGGGGCGUUAGAGGUGGCCGCCAGGAAGGUGAGGCCUGCCUCACCUCCCUUUGACGGGGCUCCGAGGCCGCCCACGGGCGUGUCUACUCGGUGAGCGCUGGGAGGCCAGGAGGCCGCGACUUCGCGAGCCGAGCGGCUGGCAUGGAGGCUGCGACCGGCGUCGCCUGUCUCGCCCCGGCUGCCCGUCCUAGAGCUCCCCCGCUUUCAGCCGGGGCCUCGGUCCGUAGGGGUCGGAGCCUGGGUCACCUCGCCUUUGUCUUCCGGGACGCUGUUUCUUUUCGCUUCCCAGUCGCAGAGCGCCGGCCUGGCCACUUGGGUUUCAUCCCUCUGCGUCCCUCCCCGGUCGCGGGACUGUAUUUCUCCCUCCGUGCCUGCGGGCGCCUGUCGGAUGGGAAUCCGGUCCAGGACCGUCAAGUCCACAGCGCCCAGCGUUGCAGGGACAAGACACUGGGAGUGGUGCCGCUCCUGGACCUGCGUUUCUCUCACCGGGGACACAGUGCCAUGUCGGGGUCUCUGAUUUAAUGCGUCUGCCGCCAGCUUGCAACUUCUGGGCGGUGCAGCGUAGGAUUUGACCGGCAGUAAUGACAGUCCUGCUGACACAGGGUCUCCCCUCCGGGAGAGUGUGUGAUCAUGAGCAACCAGGACUUAGCUCUCUCUCAGAGAGUGCUGGAAACGCAGCCCCCGGAAAGCAUCUCUCCUGAGUCAGACCACGGCCCUUCAAAACUGGAGCGAGAGCGUGAGAAUGUGGAAGGGGAUUCUGAGGACCCUCGCUUCGUGCCAGGGAGUGAGGACAGGCCGGAUGCAGCCAUGCUGAGUGCUCUGAGGAGGAGGGAAGGCCUUCUGCAGAGGCUCCGGGAGCAGCACUUCCUGGAGGAGGUGUCCCAGGCCCAAGCCCGGAGUGGGGUGAACAGAGGAGGAGCCUGGGGGGCGGCGCUGCCCUCGGAGGUGCCCCCAGCGGGCAUGUACCCUGCCGUCUCCCCACCCCCGCCAGCCCUGGAGCCACCGUGGAUUAUCCAACACUUGGUCCCCCAGCCUCCUGCCACCAUCAUUCAGCAGCUACCUCAGCAGCCACCCAUCGCACAGAUUCCCCCUCUGCAGGCUCUCCCCAUUCAAAGGUCAGGAAGUAUUAAGGAAGACAUGGUGGAGAUGAUGCUGAUGCAGAAUGCACAGAUGCACCAGAUCAUUAUGCAAAACCUGAUGCUCAAAGCCCUGCCCUCCGGGGGAUCACAGGCCACUCCUCUGCAUCCCGCCCCACAGAGGCAGAAGCCACCCUCCGUGCAUCACCACCACCACUACGCGCCCCCAGCCCCGCCGCAGGCCUCCCCGGCGGGCUACCCCUUGUGGCCCCCGGUGGUCUCAGCCACCGCCCUCCCACCUGCCUCCGGCUUCCUGCACCACGCGGCGGGCCCCCCCUUCGCAGCCCUUAGCGGGGUGGCAUCUGACGGCAUCCUGCCCACACAGGCUCCGGGCCUGUGAGCCUCCAGAGCUGGGCUCCG